UUAUAAUAUGAAAGAUGAGCUUUCGUCCCUUUUUCGAGCCAAAAGCAAAGAGCUCUCUCUGCACCUGCGCCUCUGCUCACAUCAUCUCCAUUAAGAAACCUCAAGUAUAUUGCACAUAACCUAAUUCCAGCUCGAAAAAUGAACAUCUUCAACAAGAAACCUAAUCCAAGAGAGGCUCUUCGACAGAGCAAGAGAGAAAUGCAACAUGCUACUAGAGGUAUAGAGAAGGAAAUUGGGGCACUCCAAUCAGAGGAAAAGAAGCUUGUUGCGGAGAUAAAAAGAACAGCUAAGACGGGAAAUGAGGCAGCAACCAAAAUUCUAGCCCGGCAGCUAGUCAGGCUUAGGCAACAAAUAGCUAGCUUACAAGCAAGUCGUGCUCAAAUGAGAGGCAUAGCAACUCAUACUCAGGCAAUGCAUGCCCAUUCUUCAGUUGCUGUUGGUUUGAAAAAUGCCACAAAAGCAAUGACAUCUAUGAAUAAGCAAAUGGCUCCUGCAAAGCAAGCAAAGGCUAUAAGGGAAUUUCAGAAGCAGUCAGCGCAGAUGGAUAUGACUACAGAAAUGAUGUCAGAAGCCAUAGAUGAUGCUUUGGAUGAUGAUGAGGCUGAAGAGGAGACUGAUGAGUUGACGAAUCAAGUGCUAGAUGAAAUUGGUGUUGAUGUUGCCUCACAGUUGUCAACGGCACCAAAGGGUAAAAUUGCAGGGAAGAAUAAAGAAGAUGUUGGCAGUUCGGGCAUUGGUGAACUUGAUAAGAGGUUGGCAGCUCUGAGAAACCCUUAAAAGUUUUUAUCCUACCAAUCGCAGCUACAGUCCAUAAGUUGAUUCUUCCAGGCAUUUUACGCUGUAGAUAAUUCUCUUCUGUUUUCCUGAAGAUGUUUAGCUUGUAGUAAUUUUUUUCCCCUUGUGAAUGAAAAACUAUUUCAUUA